GAGAGAGAGAGAGAGGGGCACACUGUAGCGCGAGACUCAUCAUUACAAAAGGCGCUCGCACAAGAAACAGACCCGUUGCAUUUGCACACCUUGUAUUACAGUCUCGAUUUAUAAUCACCCGUGCGAGGGAAUAUAUCUUAGGAUCUCUGCGUAUGCAGCUCAAACAGAAUCUUGACUGUUCAAUCGUGAUACCCUCUUCUUCCUCGGGAGGCAUAUGUAUUUGGUAUCGCCGUUUCUUCAGUAAGGACCAAUGCAUGCAUGCACCCGCCUCCCUGCGCUCCCAAAUAGAUGGUGCAAGUAAAGAUGUCCAAAUCUUCCGCAGACCCUCUGUCUGGUGUAGAAAGCGCUUCUCAGUCGCACUAUUUUCAGCUACCACGAAAGUUGCCGAAGCGCAAGGGUCGUUUUAAACGCUCAGAUGGCAGCACCUCGUCUGACACCACCUCCAGCUUCAUCAAACGACAGGGUUCAGCCGAUUCGUACACGAGCAGACCCUCGGAUUCCGACCUGUCAGCGGAGGAGGACCGCGAGGCGUAUCGGCGUGAAGCCGAACGCCAGGCCCAGCUGCAGCUCGAGAGAGCCAAGUCCAAACCUGUAGCAUUCGCAGUGAAGACGAAUGUGAAUUAUUGCGGGGCUCUAGAUGAGGAAUGUCCUGUUCAGGGUGCUGCCAUAAACUUUGAAGCCAAAGACUUUCUGCACAUUAAAGAGAAGUACAAUAAUGACUGGUGGAUUGGAAGGCUGGUGAAAGAGGGGGCAGACAUCAGCUUCAUUCCCAGCCCCCUUCGACUGGAGGCCAUGAGACUCAAACAGGAGCAGAAACAACAGAGGAAAAGUGGCAACUCCUCCUCAAGCCUGGGUGACAUGGUCUCAGGAGGUUGGAGAUCCACACCGCCGUCUGCAGGUGAGACCAAACAGAAGCUAAAGCAGACUGAACACAUUCCUCCAUAUGAUGUGGUGCCAUCCAUGAGGCCUGUGGUUCUGGUUGGACCUUCACUGAAAGGCUAUGAGGUGACAGAUAUGAUGCAGAAAGCCCUGUUUGACUUUCUCAAACAUCGCUUUGAUGGACGGAUUUCUAUAACCCGAGUGACCGCUGACCUUUCUUUGGCCAAGAGAUCGGUUCUCAACAAGAGACCCAUCAUGGAGAGGUCUAACACACGAACCAGUUUGGCUGAAGUACAAAGUGAGAUCGAGAGAAUAUUUGAGCUGGCCAAAACUCUUCAGCUGGUGGUUCUAGAUGCAGACACCAUUAACCAUCCAGCGCAGCUUGCUAAAACCUCGUUAGCUCCUAUUAUUGUGUACGUCAAGGUCACCUCGCCAAAGGUCCUACAGCGAUUGAUAAAGUCGAGGGGUAAAUCACAGAGCAAACACCUCAAUGUUCAGAUGAUGGCAGCAGAUAAACUGACUCAAUGUCCUCCUGAGAUGUUUGAUGUCAUUUUGGAUGAGAACCAGUUGGAGGAUGCCUGUGAGCACCUCUCUGAAUAUCUGGAGGUCUACUGGCGUGCCACUCAUCUGCCCGGCACCACCCCUCUCAACCCUCUACUGGAGCAAAAUCUGAUGACCCCACCCUCAGCAAUCUCCAGUCUACAAAACCAGCAGCUGUCGCCUGCCGGGGGUGGAGGGGGAGUGGAAGAGGAGGAGCAGGGCGAGCAGGACAGCCUCAUGCCCUCCGACGAGGCUAGUGACUCUCGUUCCCUCCGCCGAGGCGGCUCUAGCUCCCUGCACCCCCCGGAGGAUGAGGAAGAGGAGGAGGAGGAGGAGGAAGAUGAUUUCGAACCCCACCACCCUCACCCAUACCGGGAUGUGUAUCCGCCCAACCGUAACCACCCUGGUGGCAUCCACAGCGCUAACGGACACGAAUCACAGGACCGACUCCUGCAGCAGCGAGACUCGCAGGACGGACACAACCAACGGAACAACCGCCAGCGCACGAGAGCCUGGCCAAGAGACAACUACUGAGCGCCUGUCUGCAGGAGUCUGGAGGAGAGGGUUGGGUUGUGAAUAGGGUGAUGGGAACUGGUGAGGAACAGGAAACGCACAGUGCGUGUGUAUGCGUGUGAACGCGUGCUUGUGGAUGAAGCUGCCCGCGGCUGAUGAAAAGAUCCUGUUGUUUUCUAAGCUUAUGUAGUUGUUAUUGUUUGAGGCACUGCACUACAUUUGCUUUUAAAAGACAGGGCAGCUUUUCUCUUUUAAGACCACAUGCAUGUUCAUAUCGAAACAUUAUUUGAGCUUCCUCUGAAACCCCACCCCAAGUCAAUUAAAAAAGUUUUUAUAAACUUUAUUAUUGUGCGUAUCAUACGCUCUCCCUGAUCUUAAUGAGCACAAAAGGCAUUAUGGGGAAAGGAAGAGUACUUUUAUAGCAUGGGGUGUGAGUCACAAUGAAAGAUAUUGUAGCAUUUUGUUGCAUCUUACUUUAAUGGCUUCUCUUUUGCUAGCGCUCUUGUAAAUGCGAGUAUUACACACAAUUUUUUGGUUCAAGCCCUCAGUCAUGGUGUUGUCUGAUUUGAGUCCAUAUGCACUUGUCUUAAUAUGAGUUGUUUAUUGCUCCUCAUCUGGACAUCGUUCAGGCAACUGACAUGAUUAGUCAUUUUCACAGUCUUGUUUACAGAUGUAGCAAGCAUUGCCAUUUGCAAAGCACCAUGUAAAUGCUGUGUAUGUAGGAAAGGAAUUCAGGGUUACGCUCUGCUUUCGUAGAGUGAAAUAUUAUUUGGACUAUAGUCUUGGUUUGCACAUGAGGUGAAUUUGAACUCCAGAAUGAAGAGAAGCAGUCGAUCGUCCUCCAUUUUCGUACUGCUGCAUAAAGAAAGAACCUAAUUCAGUCAGUGUCACUGGUUUCUUUUUCUGGGAAAUGAGAAGGACUGAAAACCGAAGUUAUUUUAUCAUUUAACAGUGAAUUAGAAAACACAUAUUCGAUUUUUAUGUCCGUGAUAUUUUUUAAUGUGAUAGAUGUCAGUUUUGGGAUAGUCAUGUUGUUGCUCUGUGACUUGAUUGAGUUGAAAGUUGGUCUAGGUUCAUAUAAUAUAUAGUAUCAUUUAUUUGUUGACCAUAUCAGAGAUUACAGCCAAUCAACUUAAGGCAUCUUGGUCUGUAUUUGAACUUGCAUGCACAUUAGCUAGACUAACCUGAUAUUUAUAGCUAAAGAAGCUUAAUUUAGAUUUUUUUUGUAUAGUUUCUGGGUGAUUUGAAAAUUUUUUGAAUGGUUGGCAAACAGUUUUGGCGAGCUCCCUAUUUAAGUAGAUAGGAGUUGUACUUGCAUGACUGGAAACUAGCAUUACCAAAAUGGCCGCUGAAUAAACUGCCUCAGAAGGAAUUUGUCUUUACCAAGAAGAAUGUGUCUUUUAAAAGUGAGUGAUCUUCCUCUGUCCUCCAUUUCUCACCACUCUUUCCCCUCCGAGGCUUUGGGCAUCUAACAGGGCGGUUACCGUGGCCUACUUAAAAACAUAGCGUCACAUAUUGCUUUGGCGACAAGUUGAUUGCUAGCUAGCUUAAUUACCUUCAUGGUGGUUACAUUAGCAUAUAUCAACCAGGUUGUGUUACAACCAGAUCCAGUCCCUUUUCUCAUUACCAUGACUCUAGACUCGGAUGUUACCUGUAGCAGUUUAGGCUAAGGUUUAUCCAAUAUAGGACCAUUCAAACUGGCCUUAAUACUUGUAUCUUUACCACUGCAUGUCUCAAAUACAAUUAUUUAGGACUAUUUGCACAUUAGGGUUGGAACAGGACCUUUAAAACACUUUAAGUAUAUUAGAGUAGAAAAUUCUACUCUGUUUUUUUUGUUUUUAAUUUAAAAUCUGCAACAAAAUAUUAGUAACGCAUCUAAGAAUAGCUAGUGUAUAUAUAUUGAAUGAAACUUCACCAGAUCCUGAGUAUAAUUCUUUUAAAAAUGUUACUUUGUAUUUAUGGAUCUGUGUGAUUUUUAAGAAAUGUUGCGAUGUUUACAAAGUCAGGAUUGCUCUCACUCAGAGAUUGUUGACGUGAGAAGCACUGAAGUAUGUUACUUCAGUUGUUGUACAGUUAUGUAAAGUCACAUAAAGUUGCAGUACACUCCCAUGUAGCGCUGUAGGUGUCGGUUUAGUUCUUUUAGAAGAAAACUUACAGUUAAAACAUCUAAGUAUUAUUAAUUAUUGUGAUGGCCUAGAUUCCAUUGCAUAUCCAAAUAUCGCCAUCCAGAAAGAGAAAUCCUUUAUUUUUCUUCAGAAUUACUCUUUCCAAUUUAAUGCAAUGUUUAUCCAUAGGACGUGUAUUGAAGUAUGAUUUCACAUAGACUACACAGUUCCUUCCAAACAUGCACAGUGACUUGAGUGAAUGUAUAGUUGCAUGCCUUAACACUUCUAGUCCUAAGCACUAAUGUAUUGUCCUCCAGAGAGAUGGUGCUAAAUUGACUGUCCCUCAGUUGAUUGUGUUGCAUUGAUUGUACUGGAUCCGUACACUCCCAGAAUGCACUUUCGGAAACAUCCGCCCUCAUUUAAGAUUGUAAAGACUUGUCUUAUUGACCAAAAUUGAUGCCUGAUAUGAAGAUUGAGCCAUCAGUGUGUCCAUAAUAUCAUCAUCACCAUAGUAUGUUAGCAUCUUAGCUUAAUGCUGCAGGGUUUUUAUGUAGAGUAUAUACCAGAUAUACCCCGAAAUCCAAACAGGAAAAACAACAUUUUACUGAUGUGUUGAAUGCUGAAGCCUGAAACAUACUCUACGCAAGUAUGUGAACAUUCAAAAUGUGUCAGAUCGCAGUUCUCUUGAUUGCCAUGACAGUCAUUGACGUGAUAGAGAAACUUCCCAUAUAAUAAGAUGCAUUGUAUGCUAUAGUGCCCCUUGUGGCAAUACUGAGAAUGCAAUCAAAAUCACAUCAUUAUAAGCAUUUCUGUUUAUGAACGAUAAUGUGUGUAGCCUAUGUUUAGAACUAAAAGAGGCUUUUCAUGUCAUUUUGAAGAAAUCAAUCAAUUACCUGUUAGCAAGCCACAUUGUGCGUUGAUCUCAGGUCAAUAGACAAGUCACCGUAUCUUCCCAGCUCUUUGUGUCUCUGCUCUGGACACUGUGUUUACAGCACCGAUCUUGAAGGAAAACUUUGCAUCGGCCAUUUAGAGGGUCACGGGAAAUGUACAUGUUCUGGUGUGUGUAAGUCAGGGUAAUAGUCCACUAACAAAUGCCUUGACCAAUCCUCUCUUUAAGUGUACUGCAUCUUUAUUUGCUAUCAACAUGUCUCACUUUAAUCUAUUGUUCUAUAUUUAAAAAGUAAAAAAAAGGAAAAAAAAAUCAAGAGCAUGACCGAAAAAAAAAAACAUUUCUAUGCAAGUGUUGCAUGUGAUCUGAUUGUUUCUGAUCUCCUUUAGUACUGCAUUGAUUCUUGUAAGUAUUAUUCUAUUUAGUAAGACCCUCUUUUAUACUGAGCACAGACAAGGGGCUUCUGCCACAAAGUUCAUUUUCUUUCAAUUGCUCUUUUUCAAUCUCAUGGGCUUCAAUACCUCCACUGUUAUUUAUUUUAACACUUCACCAUAGCACAUAUUUGGAUUGAUGUAAUAAAGAAAUGUUCCAGGUUCAAGUUAAGCUGUAAUGACACAAUCUGAUCACAAGAACAUUAAACAUUAAAUAUAAUAAUUAGACUGAAAGAAAAACAAUUGCUUACUAACCUUGUAUGAAUUUAUAUCUCAUUUUUAACUCUUGUCAUGGUCAUUAAAAGCAUAAUCGCUGAAAAACACAAUCAGAUAUUCAUUCAUAUAAAGUUUUGUAAUCGAUAUAAGCACUUUAACAAAACCCUCUAGAAUGUUCUGCUCCAUAGAGUUCCAUAAUGGGUCCAUUACUGUCCAUUACAAGCCCAAAUUGUGUGUCAGCAGAAUUCAGCUUGUUUUUAACUUGGAACAUUCCUUUUAAUAGCAUUGAUUAGAUACUUUAUGUAAGUCAAGAACUUGCAUUGUUGUAGCUGAAGACGAUGAUGAAGACGAAGAUGAUUUAUAUGAUCCACAAUGCACCGUGUAAAAGAGCAUGUGUACUGUGUGAUAAACUGUAUGAGGUUCUGUCACAGUUUAACGAGAUUUGCAUGUCUUAAUACAUGUACAUGAUACACCAUUUUCCCUCUAUAUCUGUUAUGGCAUAACAUUGUUUUCUAGUGGACCAAUACAGAAUCCAUAACAAACACCGAUUAUUUAUUUUUUCUUUCCGAGGUAUUAAGAAGCACAAUUUUUACAACGGCUAUGAUUUGAGUCUUCUGUCUUCUGUAUGCAAUACAAACAUGGAAAGAGAACGCCUUAGAACAUUAACACUUCCUCUCCUGUGUAAGUAGAGAAAAAGAUAUUGCACUAUUUUUAUUUUUUGACGUCAGCUUUGUAAUGCAAUAAAUGCACUAUAGUUAGAACAAUAAUUGCAAUGGACACUUAACUGGUCCUCAGGCGUGAUGUAUAUACACACCUUCUCUCUCUCGCCCCUUCAUCUUUCUGACAUCACACAAAAAAAUUGAAUCCUGCCUGAUGCUGUAUAUGCUCUCUAUUUAAAGAAAAUGGCACUAAUUAUAAUAAAAAACCUAAACAUUUUA